ACAGGGCAGAAAAAACAACCCCCAGAGGCUGUAUCCAUCUGCUCACCUAGAAAAGCUACCAACAGGGCGAGAGACAGACCUGUGAAAGCUGCGUGCCCUCUUCCAUCCUCAUCAUCCCCAGGCAGCAGAAAGGGGGAGGAAAGGAGACAGACUGUGCUGGGCAGCCCAGGGACUUCCCAGGAGGAGAAUUAGCCAAAAGAGCACGAUGGAUCGCUUCCGGAUGAUCUUCCAGUACUUCCAGUCCAACUCGGAGUCUGUAAUGAAUGGAAUCUGUGGGCUGUUAGCCCUGGCCAGUAUAAAGAUUUACACCUGCUUUGACUUCAGCUGCCCCUGCCUGCACCAGUACAACAUGGCCUAUGGCUUGGGGAUCCUGUUUGUGCCCCCCGUUGCCUUCUUCCUCUGUGGCCUCAUCCUCAACAGACAGUCCCUGGUGAUGCUGGAUGAGUGGAGGCGGCCGCAGGGGCGCAGGAGGAAGGACCCGGCUGUCAUCAGGUACAUGUGCUCCUCCAUCAUGCAGCGAGCCAUGGUCGCCCCAGCCGUCUGGAUCGUGGUCGCCCUCCUGGAUGGCAAGUGCCUGAUCUGUGCCUUCAGCAGCUCUGUGGAUCCUGAGAAGUUCCCAGGCUUCACCAAUUCCACCGCAGAGCAAGUGCAGGAGCUGCUUGCCAAGGUGCCCUGCAAGGAGGAUGAGCUGGUGGAGAGCAGCACGUCCCGCAGGGCAGUGUCCAGGUACCUGCGCUGCUGGUCCCAGGCCCUCGGCUGGAGCAUUUUGUUGAUGCUCAUCAUAGCAGCUUUCCUUGCCCGCUGGCUCAGGCCUUGCUUCAACCAGGCUGCCCUCCUGCAGACCCGUCACUGGAGCAACUACAUUGACAUUGAGCAGAAGAUUUUUGAGGAAACCUGCUGCGAGCACAGCCGGCUCUUUGCUCACAAAUGCAUCCUCCACUUCUUUGAAAGCAUGCGGGAAGAGAUCAGGCAGCACAGCUUUGACUUGCCUAAGGAGGAAGAGGAAGAUCUUCUACGAGGUAUCACACACCAGGAUCAGGUGAACAAACUUCUGAAAACAUGGUACUAUGAGAAACCUCCCUUGGAUGUGCGCCAAGCAACCCAGAGACAUCACCUGGGGAGAGAGAGAUCCCCUCCACCCUGGACAGGCAGUCCCCAUGCCCAGUCCAAAUUCUCCCAACACACCAAUGUGUAA